CCCCCCGCAGGCUCCGCCCCUUUCCCUGCCGCAUGGACUGUUUCUUCAUCAUUGUUUUGGUCGGCAUCAGCCACGUGGGAAGCGAGUAAGUGCAAAGAAGAGGCUCCUUUGCAGGGAAAUCAGAUUUUGUGGAAGGAGAAGGUGAGCAGGAACUGUUUUCAAGAUUUGUCUGCGGUAAAGAUGUCAGGAGAAUGGGCAGCAGCUGAGGUGGACAUGGUCAAUCCUGGGGAUCUGGAAGCAAUGAAGAGAGAAGCAAAGACUCCCUGCAUUGCCCAGGUUGGGACGAUUGGAGAGUUUGCGAGCUGGGCCAUGCCGAGACCAGGGCGGCUGGAAGCUGAGGAGGGAUUGGCCCACAGCUGGGAAGUCCAAUGGCAGGAGUUCCUGAAGGCGGUGCACAGCCCUGACCGGGAGAGCCCAGAGUCUCCAAAGACCAUGCGCUGGGAAGUGACCAAAUCCUCCCUGGUCCCUUCCGAAACGGUAGAUGAUUUGGGACCUUGCGGAGAGGUGGCAACCGGUCUUUCGCCAGGCCUCAAAGGAGGAGCUCCCCAAACCUCAGCUGAUCUGGACUCUGGUGAAAGGGGAGACGGCGUCAAAGUGGGCAAAGAGAUCUCAAGCAAGGGUGCCGCUGUGACAGAGACAGAGCGCCAGCGCUUCCGGCUUUUCUGCUACCAGGAGGCUGAGGGGCCCCGAGAGGCCUGCAACCGACUGCAUGCGCUGUGCCGUGAGUGGCUGAAGCCAGAGAGGCGCACCAAGGAGCAGAUGCUGGAGCUGGUGAUCCUGGAGCAGUUCUUGGCGGUCUUGCCACCGGCAAUGCAGAGCUGGGUCCGAGAUGGGAGUCCGGCAACCUGCUUCCAGGCUGUGGUCCUGGCUGAGGAUUUCCUGAUGAGACAGCAAAAGGCUGAAGGAUGGGGAGGACAGGCUCUAGGAACUUUGGCAGAAGUGGUUGUGAGCCUCUCUGAAGGGGAUGAGGCUGCUCCAGAAUUCUGCAAGGAGAUGAAGCAAGAGAGCAGCCAGGAUGCUGGCUUUCUAGGAACCAAUGAGCUGACGAGCGAGAACAAUGUGGGAAGAGAGGAGAUGGAGGUCAACGUCAGGGUUCUAGGUAUAGCGGAACAGCAUGACGAAAGCUGGCAGGAGAGAUCCGUGGCGGCGGAGGCUUGUGAACAGCUCCCUGAGCUCUCAGUCCCACCUGUGGGGACACAGGAGAGGAGGAGCGCAUUCUCCAGGAGGAGCGGGACCUGGUGGCAAGGCGUUGAGAACCAGAGAACACCCACGGAGCCCGAGCUCUACAUCUGCACAGUCUGCGGACGUAGCUUCACGCGGAGAUUGAAUCUCUUCUGGCAUCAGAAGAUCCACACGGGACAGAAGUGCCACUGGUGUCCGGUUUGCGGGCAGAGGUUCGCUCGGAAGGAGAAGCUCGUGAGUCACCAGAAAGUUCACAAAGAGAGGGUGACGGCUGGACGAAGAGGCCAAGCGGGGGAAAUAGCCGCAAAGUCUCCCGGAAUCACAACAGCAGGUGUGUAAAUUUGAAGCAGGUGUGGAGAACUGGAUCGCAAAUGUGAGCCUAGUAAUACUGAACCCUUUCUGCCCUGCCACUGGUCAGUUUGCAACAGUGUUCAAAAUUAGCCAGGUGUAUUUUGCUUUCAACCACUUGUGACCAAAGCGAAGAGGCCUGGAAGCCAGGAUGGCGCCGUCUGGAGAUCCUUGGAUCUGGACCGUUUUCACACGCCAGCACCCCAUCCUGUAGAAUUCUAUCUGUUAUCUUCUAUCUGUGCAAUUGAAAUGAAUUUUGUGGAACCAAAUUGCUUUUUCUGUGCAGUCUGUUUUAAGAAAAACAGGUCAGAAUAGGCCAAUAUAUAUGUGGACUGUCCCUGGCUCAAGUG